AUGCCCGAGGACGCGACGACCGACGCGCUCGACGCGCGCCCCCUCGCGCUGUUCGUGGGCGAGCCGAACGCGCGCGCGCGCGAGGUCCUCGCCGCGCUGGUUCCGUCGUCGUCGUCGCCGUCGCCGCCGGACGCGUCCGACGACGCCGACGACGCGGAUGGAUCCGACGCGUCCGACCGGACGACCACGACGCGAUGGACGCUCGACACGAAGUACUACGUCGCGGACAUCGCCGCGAGCGUCUGCGUGAUCGAAUCGGCGUCGUCGUCGUCCUCCUCCGCGAGCCGCGACUCUAAGCCGGGCGUCGUCAUCGAGGACGCGGUCCCGUCGCCGCGGAUGCCAUCGCGCGGGCCGGAGGCGAUCGUGCUGGUGUUCGACCCGUCGCGACCGAACGCGCUGGCGCGUCUCACGUCGUGGGCCGCGGCGUCUUCUUCGUCUUCCGACGCCGCCACCGGAUACGACGCCGACGACGACGCGACGCCGACGAUGUUCCCGGAGACGGAGAUCAAGCUCGUCGUGUGCGCGUACGCGACGACGGCGGCGGCGCGCGCGAACGCGUUCGAGGAGGUUCGCGCCGCGGAGCGAUGGGCGGGCGCGCACGGCUUCGAAGCUGUCGCGGUGGCGUUAGACGACGUGGACGUGGACGUGGACGGUCGCGUGGGGGGGUUAGACGUCGACGGCGACGCGCACGGGUUUAAGCGAGUCAAGGACGCGCUCGAGGCGCACCACUGGCCGGGGUCGGUCUUCAAGCCGCGCGGCGGCGGCGCCGCCGCCGGCGCCGCGGUUCCCGUCGAGGACGCGAAGCCCGCGCCGGCGGACGACCUCGAGGACGACCUCGAGGACGACCUCGAGGACGACGGGGACGACCUCGAGGACGACCUCGAGCAGAUGAUGGCGGAGGUGGCGCGCGUGCGAGCCGCGGGCGUCGGCGUCGGCGACGAGGAGCGCCGGCGAAUGGCCGCGGACGCCGCCGCUCGGAUGAUGGAAAUGUUCGGCGGCGCUUUCGGCUCCGACGACGACGACGACGACGACGACGGGAAGGAGAACGGCGCGGGGAAUUAA